UUGGCUCAAUGCUGCAGUCAUGGAUCCCGGCAGAACCACGGGUCCUGUUAAAGUGUCAGAGACGUGAGAAUGCAGCAGAACCUGUCACACACCACUCGUUAAACACUCACUUAGAUCUUCGCUGCAAGACUACACCUGUAAACUGGUGAAGGACUGUACAGCUGUUGAGACCUCCACCUUGCGGACUGAUCUGAUCAUCAGGCUGCAGCAGCUGUCAUGGAUCUGAAGGAGCGCAGGCACCGUACACUGACCCACGGCCGCUGUGGGAAAGAUUUCCAGUUCACCACCUCCUCCUUGGACAACGAUGAAUGUCGCGUACCCACCCAGAAAUCCUACAGCUCCAGCGAGACCCUGAAGGCUUUCGAUCACGAGUCACGUCUGCAUUAUGGGGGAUGUGUGGCUGACCUGGUGCAUCAUGAAGCAGAUGAGUUCACCAGACAAGGAGGGAACUUUACUUUAGCUGAGCUGGGCAUUUGUGAACCAGCACCGCAUCAGAAUGCAUACUGCCCGGACAUCGGCCUCUUACAGCGCGACUACUCUCUGAGCGCCGGCUCAGAUGCAGACUCCGACCCAGAGGGCCCAAUCUCUCCAGAGCGAGCUAUCCAGCUGUGGGCCGGCCAAGACAUCAAGUCCCGCCGCAGUUCUGGCCUCUCCAGUCGGGAGAACUCAGCUCUCACCCUCACCGACUCCGAGAACGAGAACAAGUCUGAUGACGAAUCAGGAGAGAGAGACCACCAGGGGACCUUGUCCGACGGUUUGGAGAAAAGGAGAGGAGGAGAUACGAGGGGAAGACUCACGUUAGGAGCGAUGCAUCACUCGGGCAACACCAGCAGCAGAGCUAAAGCCCUCUCUCAAGAGACCGGUCGUCCCCUCCCUCCCUCCACUGCCUCCUCCAGCCUCCUGCCCCCUGCUCCUUCUCCCCCACCCGUCCCCCUCCAUCCAGCCCCGUCUACCAUAAGGGAGUGUCAAGUGCCCCUGCUGGACAGCAGCUCCUCCCACACCAUGCUGGAGCCCCAUCCAGAGGACCACAUCUCCCCCAACUCAUACCUGCUCCGGGCCCAACCCCCCACUGGAGCUCCAAACCAUCACAGCCAGUCCACCCUGCGGCCGGCCAUCCCUCCACCGCACAACCACCAGACGCUGUCGCACCACCAGUCCUCUGCCAACUCUCUCAACCGCAACACGCUGAGCAGCCGACGCAAUCCCAUCCACGCCCCUCCCUCCGCCCCGGGCGAAGGGCCCACCACACCUGAGUCAGUGCAGCUGCAGGACAGCUGGGUGCUCAACAGCAAUGUCCCGUUGGAGACCAGGCAUUUCCUGUUUAAGACCUCUUCAGGGACCACGCCUCUCUUUAGCAGCUCAUCACCGGGUUACCCCUUGACAUCUGGCACAGUAUAUUCACCCCCACCACGGCUCCUACCCAGAAACACCUUCUCCAGAAGCGCCUUCAAGCUGAAGAAGCCAUCCAAGUACUGCAGCUGGAAAUGUGCCGCCCUGUCGGCGAUCGCUGCCGCCGCCCUGCUGGCCAUUCUGCUGUCCUACUUCAUCGCCAUGAAUCUGUUGGGGCUGAACUGGCAGCUGAAACCUGUGGUUGGUCCCAUGCUGAACAACGGCUUGGGAGCCGGGCUGCCCAGCAACAGUGAUGUAGCAACAGCGCCCUCUGGAGGCAGAGGGCCAUGGGCAGCUCGCAACAGCAGCAUAGAUACGGGCAGCCUGGAGGUGGGCAGGCGCGUGACCCAGGAGGUGCCGCCCGGGGUGUUCUGGAGAUCCCUGAUGCACCUUAGCCAGCCUCAGUUCCUCAAGUUCAACAUCUCCCUGGGCAAGGAUGCACUCUUCGGGGUUUACAUUCGCAAAGGGCUGCCGCCGUCCCAUGCACAGUAUGACUAUAUGGAGCGUUUGGAUGGAAAGGAGAAGUGGAGCGUAGUGGAGUCGCCCCGUGAGAGACGCAGUAUUCAGACGGUGGUUCUGAACGAGGCCGUGUUUGUACAGUAUCUGGACCCCGGCACAUGGCACCUGGCUUUCUACAACGACGGCAAGGAGAUGGAAUCGGUCUCAUUUAGCACCGCUGUUCUGGACUCUGUGCAAGAGUGUCCCCGCAACUGUCAUGGUAACGGAGAGUGUGUGUCAGGAGUGUGUCACUGUUUCCCCGGGUUCCAUGGCAUGGACUGCUCGAAAGCGGCAUGCCCAGUCCUAUGCAGUGGAAACGGUCAGUAUGACAAGGGUUCGUGUAUCUGCUAUAGUGGAUGGAAGGGUCUGGAAUGCGACGUUCCCAUCAGCCAGUGCAUCGACCCCCAGUGUGGCGGUCAUGGCACGUGCACAGAGGGCAUAUGUGUUUGUUCUCUGGGCUACAAAGGAGAGAAUUGCGCUGAGGUUGACUGUAUGGAUCCAACCUGCUCAAAUAAUGGCAUCUGUGUGAAUGGGGAUUGCCACUGUAAACCAGGCUGGGGUGGACCAAGCUGUGAGCUGCCCAGAGCACAAUGCCCAGAUCAGUGCCAUGGUCAUGGUGCUUUUAUUCCAGACACAGGCAUCUGUAGCUGUGACCCCAAUUGGAUGGGCCCUGAUUGUUCUGUCGAGGUUUGCUCAGUCGAUUGCGGGACACAUGGUGUAUGCAUGGGUGGCUCGUGUCGAUGCGAGGAAGGCUGGACAGGCGCGGCAUGUGACCAGCGUGUGUGUAACCCACUAUGCGUGAAGCACGGCACCUGUAAAGAUGGGAAGUGCGAGUGUGAACAGGGCUGGAACGGAGAACACUGCACCAUCGAUGGCUGUCCGAACCGAUGUAAUGGAAAUGGACAGUGUCUGCAGGGUCAAAACAGCUGGCACUGUGAGUGCAAGACUGGAUGGAGAGGCACCGGCUGCAAUGUCGCCAUGGAGACUUCAUGUGCAGACAACAAAGAUAAUGAAGGAGAUGGUCUGACUGACUGUAUGGAUCCAGACUGCUGUAUCCAAAGUCCCUGCCAGAACAGUCCACUUUGUAGAGGCUCCAGGGAUCCCUUACAGGUCAUCCAGCAGGGCCAGCACCCUGAGCAGAAAGUCCGUUCCUUCUACGACCGUGUUAAGAUGCUAGUGGGCCGGGACAGCACGCAUAUAAUCCCUGCAGACAAUCCAUUCAACGCAAGUCUGGCAUCACUGAUCAGAGGUCAGGUGGUGACAACAGAUGGAACCCCACUGGUGGGAGUAAAUGUGUCGUUUGUCAAGUACCCGCAGUAUGGCUACACCCUCACACGACAGGAUGGAACAUUUGACCUCAUUGCCAAUGGUGGAGCCUCUCUCACCCUCCGAUUCGAACGGGCUCCGUUUCUGAGUCAAGAGCGCACAGUGUGGCUCCCGUGGAACAUUUUCUACGCCAUGGACACUCUGAUGUUGAAGACAGAGGAGAACACCAUCCCGAGCUGUGACCUCAGCGGCUUUGUGAGGCCUGACCCUGUGAUGGUGGCCUCCCCCCUUUCCUCUUUCUUCAGUUCCAGGCCAGGAGAGAGGUCCAUCAUUCCAGAGACACAGGUUCUGCAUGAGCAGCUAGAGAUUCCUGGCACCAAUCUGAAACUCUGUCACCUGAGUUCCCGGACCUCAGGUUACCGCUCCUUGCUCAAAAUCACCAUGACUCAAGCCGUGGUGCCUCUCAGCCUUGUCAAAGUCCAUCUGAUGGUUGCUGUGGAGGGCCAUCUCUUCCAGAAGUGGUUCCACGCUUCACCCAACCUUGCAUACACCUUUAUCUGGGACAAGACGGAUGCAUACGGUCAGCGUGUCUACGGCCUCUCUGAUGCAGUGGUCUCUGUGGGGUAUGAAUAUGAAUCAUGUCCUAGUCUAGUGCUGUGGGAGAAGAGGACGGCUAUGCUUCAAGGCUAUGAGCUAGAACCUUCCAAUCUGGGUGACUGGUCUCUGGACAAACACCAUAUUCUCAACCUGCGCAGCGGCAUCCUUCAUAAGGGCAGCGGUGAGAACGUCUUUGUGUCCCAGCAGCCACCCAUCAUCACGAGCAUCAUGGGUAAUGGGCGUCGACGAAGCAUCUCUUGCCCGAGCUGUAAUGGCCUGGCUGAUGGAAAUAAGCUGUUGGCACCUGUAGCCCUGGCAGCAGGCAUUGAUGGCAGCCUCUACGUCGGAGACUUGAACUUCGUACGCAGAGUUUAUCCCAACCUCAAUACCACACGCAUUCUGGAACUCAGAAAUAAGGAUUUUCGACACAGUAACAACCCGACUCAUAAGUACUUCUUGGAUGUGGACCCAGUCUCUGGGGCUCUGUUCAUCUCUGACACAAAUUCUCGGCGAAUCUACAAGGUGCGAUCGCUCACAGGGGGAAGACUGCUGGCCGACAAUGCCGAAGUGGUGGCGGGCACGGGAGAACAGUGCCUGCCCUUCGACGAGAGGUGUGGGGAUGGGGGCAAAGCUGUAGAAGCCACUCUCAUGAGCCCCAAAGGUAUUGCUGUAGAUAAAAACGGGCUUAUGUACUUUGUGGAUGCCACCAUGAUUAGGAAGGUGGAUCAAAACGGCAUCAUCUCUACUCUCCUGGGCGCCAAUGAUCUCACUGCUGUGCGCCCACUGAGCUGCGAUUCCAGCAUGGAUGUCAGUCAGGUGCGCUUGGAGUGGCCCACCGACUUGGCAGUAAACCCCAUGGAUAACUCUCUGUAUGUGCUAGAGAACAACGUUAUCCUACGCAUCACUGAAAACCACCAAGUGAGUAUCAUCGCAGGGCGUCCCAUGCACUGCCAGGUGCCUGGCAUUGACUAUUCCCUUAGUAAAUUAGCCAUCCACUCGGCCCUGGAGAGCGCCACGGCUAUCGCCAUCUCCCAUACUGGUGUGCUCUACAUCGCCGAGACGGAUGAGAAGAAGAUCAACCGUGUUCGGCAAGUUCGCACCAAUGGAGAGAUGUCACUUCUGGCUGGCGCUGCGUCAGAGUGCGACUGCAAGAACGACGUCAACUGUAACUGCUUUGCAGGAGACGACGGAUAUGCUACAGACGCCAACCUCAACUCCCCAAUGUCUCUGGCCGUCUCACCGGAUGGCACGCUCUACAUUGCAGACCUCAAUAACAUUCGGAUCCGUGCUGUGCGCACUAACCGACCAGGGCCUUCAGCACUGGGCCAAUAUGAGGUCGCGUCCCCUCAGGAACAAGAGCUGUAUGUGUUUAACGAGGAGGGUCUCCACCUUCAGACCAUCAGUCUUGUAACGGGUCUGCCCCUCUACAAUUUCAGCUACGGCCCUGAUGGAGAGCUGGCCACAGUGGUGGAUAACUGCAAUAAUACGGUGAAAGUGUGGAGGGACGGGGAAGGGCAGGGUGGUGCAGGACUGCUCAGGCUCGUCCUGCUGCCCGAGAAUCAGGUGGUUACGCUAGGACUGGAUCCUGCAGGAAGCCUGCGCUCCAUCUCUGCUCUUAACCAGGAGAUUGUUCUGCUGGGAUACAACGGAAACACUGGCCUGUUGGCCACCAAGGCUGAUGAGACUGGCUGGACAACCUUUUAUGAGUAUGACAGUGAAGGGAGACUAACCAACGUGACGUACCCCACAGGGAUGGUUACAAGUCUGCAUAGGGAGAUCGAAAAAUCCAUCAACAUCGACAUUGAGAGCUCCAACAGAGAUGAUGACAUCACUGUUAUCACUAAUCUUUCGUCAGUAGAAGCCUCUUACACUGUUGUGCAAGAUCAAGUACGGAACAGCUACCAAUUGUGUAACAAUGGCACUUUGAGGGUAAUGUACGCCAAUGGGAUGGGCAUCAGUUACCACACAGAGCCCCAUAUCCUGGCAGGGUCAGUGAGUCCCACCAUCGGCCGUAGGAACAUCUCCCUUCCCACUGAUAACGGUCUGAACUCCAUCGAGUGGAGGCUGCGCAAAGAACUGUCAAAGGGCAAGGUCACUGUGUUCGGCAGGAAGCUUCGGGCACAUGGGCGCAACCUCCUGUCGAUAGAUUUUGAUAGGAACACACGGACUGAGAAGAUCUAUGACGACCACAGGAAGUUCACUCUGAGGAUCACGUAUGAUGCCCAGGGCAGGCCUGCGAUAUGGCAGCCGAGCAGCAGCCUUGCAGUGGUGAAUGUGUCUUACUCCAGUACAGGUCAGCUAGUGGGGCUGCACCGAGGGAGUAUGAGUGAGAGAACGGAGUUUGACCCACAGGGGCGAAUUCUCUCACGCUCUUUUGUGGAUGGAAAGGUCUGGAGCUACAGUUACCUGGACAAGUCCAUGGUGCUGCUCCUGCAGAGUCAGAGACAAUACAUCUUUGAAUUCGAUGCAUCCAACCGCAUCACGGCUGUCACCAUGCCUAGCGUUGCCCGUCACACCAUGUUCACUCACGUCUCCAUCGGCUACAUCCGCAACACCUACAACCCGCCCGAGAGCAACGCGUCCAUCAUUUAUGACUUCAGCGAGGACGGGCGCCCCCAGGCCGCCUACUUCCUGGGUACCGGCCGUCGUGUCCUCUACAAAUACGGCAAGCUGGCCAAGCUCUCCGAGAUCUUGUAUGACAGCACAGCCAUCACCUUUGGCUACGAUGAGACAGCCGGCGUGCUAAAAAUGGUCAACUUGCAAAGCGGUGGCUUUUCGUGCACGAUACGCUAUCGUAAAAUGGGUCCCCUAAUCGACAAACAGAUCUAUCGCUUCUCGGAGGAAGGUAUGGUGAACGCGCGCUUCGACUACACCUACCAUGAUAAUAGUUUCAGAAUCGCAAGUAUGAAGCCAGUAAUCAGCGAGACGCCACUUCCUGUGGAUCUAUACCGCUAUGACGAGAUCUCCGGAAAAGUGGAGCAUUUUGGAAAGUUUGGAGUCAUCUACUAUGACAUCAAUCAGAUAAUCACCACUGCCGUCAUGACCCUUAGCAAGCAUUUCGAUGCGCACGGCCGAAUCAAAGAGGUUCAGUAUGAGAUCUUCCGCUCUCUCAUGUACUGGAUGACGGUGCAGUACGACAACAUGGGCAGAGUAAUCAAGCGAGAGCUAAAGAUCGGCCCCUAUGCCAACACCACUCAGUACCGCUAUGAAUACGAUGGUGAUGGACAGCUCAGUGGUGUUAAGGUGAACGAUUGGUCCACUUGGCGCUACAGCUACGACUUAAACGGCAACCUACACCUGCUCAACCCGGGUAACAGCGCCCGACUCAUGCCGCUCCGCUAUGACCUACGAGACCGCAUCACACGGCUCGGUGAUGUGCAGUACCGUCUGGACGAGGACGGUUAUCUGAGUCAGAGGGGCGGUGAUGUGUUUGACUACAACUCUAAAGGCCAGCUGGUGCGCGCCUAUAGCCGUGCAGCUGGAGGAUGGAGCGUCCAGUACCGUUACGAUGGACUCGGACGCAGGGUGUCUACUAAGAACAGUCUGGGUCAGCACCUCCAGUUCUUUUAUGCUGACCUGAACAACCCGACUCGGGUCACGCAUGUGUUCAACCACUCCAGCUCAGAAAUCAGCUCUUUGUACUAUGACCUGCAGGGCCAUCUGUUUGCCAUGGAGGUUAGCAGUGGGGAGGAGUACUACAUCGCCUCUGACAACACUGGUACACCACUGGCUGUCUUCAGCAGCAACGGGCAGAUGAUCAAACAGGUGCAAUACACCGCUUACGGGGAGGUGUACCACGACUCCAACCCUGAGUUCCAGCUUGUCAUCGGCUUCCACGGUGGGCUUUACGACUCGCUUACCAAGCUGGUGCAUUUCACACAGAGAGACUAUGAUGUUUUAGCGGCCAGAUGGACGUCGCCAGAUUACACCAUGUGGCAGAAGAUCGGAAAAGAACUGGCACCCUUCAACCUGUACAUGUUCAAGAAUAAUAACCCUCUCAGUGAUAUGCUGGAUGUCAAAAACUAUGUCACAGAUGUGAAGAGUUGGCUGGUCAUGUUUGGCUUCCAGCUUAGCAACAUUAUCCCAGGCUUUCCCAGACACAUACACUAUUUUGUGGAUCCGCCGUAUGAGCUCUUCGCCAGUCAAGAAAGUGAAAAUGGGCAGCUGAUAACUGGAGUUCAGCAGGAAGCCGAACGGCACAACCAAGCAUUCAUGGCUCUGGAGGGACGGCUUCUUGACAAAGAGCGCAAGAACAAACAUGAGAAACCAGGCCACUGGUUUGGCACGAGUACCCCCAUCAUCGGACGAGGAGUGAUGCUGGCAGUGAAAGAAGGCCGCGUGGUCACAGGGGUCUCCAGCAUGGCCAGCGAUGACAGCAGGAAGGUGGCUCUAGUGCUCGAUAAUGCCAUCUACUUAGACGGGACGCACUACACUCAGGAUGGCCAUGACUGUCAUUUCUUCGUGAAGAUCGGCUCAGCUGACAGUGACCUCCUAGCUUUAGGACUCACCAAUGGACGCAAGGCACUGGAAAGCGGGAUCAACGUGACGGUAAGCGGUCGCUCGCGAAGAGGAGUCACCGUUGAGUUCCAGGUUCCAGCUCUUUCUCUAAGCGUGCGCUAUGGUUUGGCGUCGGACGUCCUGGAUGAGGAGAGAGCCCGGCUGUUGGAGUUGGCGCGGCAGCGGGCGCUAUUGGGAGCCUGGCUGCGAGAGCAGCAGCGGGCACAGGAUAAUAAAGAGGGAAGCCGCUUGUGGACUGAAGGAGAGAGACAGCAGCUCCUCUCAACAGGGAAAGUGCAGGGGUACGACGGGUACUACAUUUUACCUGUAGAACAGUACCCUGAACUAGCGGACAACAGUUUUAACAUCCAGUUCUUGAGACAGAAUGAGAUGGGGAAGAGGUAACAGUCCAGACAUCUGUUAUCCUGUUUCUUUAUAUUUCGCUUUCUCUCCACUUAUACCUUUACAGUUUUCAGUUCUUUUCUCGAUCUUUUUCUCUCUCUUGCUCCGUCUUUCUCUUUUUUUCCUUGCUUUGUUUUCUAUUAUCUCCUGAACCCACGGAGAAUAAUUGAACUAAUGGGGAAACUCACCGAACGCUGCAGGGACCUUUAAAAGAAGAACAUUCAAAAACUUUGUUAAUACUGCCUCUGGCAAAAAAAGAACAAUUUGAAAGACCUCGUCUUUGUUUUUCAACUAUGGACCUCAAAAAGCACUGAGAAACUGAAAAACAAAACAGAGCUGCUGUUGCUGAAAUAUGAAAAAUCCCCUUUUUAAAAAAGAAUAGAUAUUUUGACCCAUAUUUUUUGGGUUACCGAGAGGAUGUUGGUGCCAGAUGAUCUGGAGAGGCCCAGUCUCGACGUCAGAACUGAGGAGUAACAUCCGUCAAGAGAAAUGUCAGUCUCAGGCCUCACAUUCUUCACAGCUAAACUUUCAGUUGCCACCGCAGCAAGACCCAUCAUCUGCAGACUGUUUCUUCAGGAAAAUUCCAGUGGAGUAAAAGUGAUGAAAACAACCAAGUCUGACAUAGUUCGUUUCAUCACUGAUAGAAAAGUACUUGCAUUGUAUCUGAUAACAGUGAAGUUCUGAGUGUGCUUUAGAUGCGAUAGUUUUGUACAUUCCAGGCGCAUUAGAGUAACGAGACCUUCACCAGGGCACUUCUAUAUAGCGAUAUCAGAAAAAAAACACUCACAGUCUCCAGAUUAAAAGGUUACUAGUUUCAGAAACUAUUUAUUUUUACUUAGUUUGUUUCAAUUUUUUAUCAUUCAUAGUACUCUGACAAUCAUAAAGGAGUCACUGCUUUUAGCUACAAAGAUAAACUUUGAUGUUCGAGUUUAUUUUCCUUUGUACGAUACGUAGUAAUUUUUCAUUUUUGUAUUAAUUUAGAUUUUUUUGCUUCAAAGCAAAUUCUAGUCAUAUACAGAAAUAAUUUAUGUAAAGUGUUUAAAAUGGUUUAUACUUUAAAUAAAGUUUAAAACUGUGAAACUUGUUUUUCAGAAUAUAUCCGUAUGUACAUUGUAUAGAUUUACCUUUAUGCAGCACAGUAGAAUAUUGUUCAUAAUAUCAACUUUUAUAUUUCUAACAGAAGGUGGCUUGUUAUGUGCAAAUCAACAGCUGGUAUUGAAACACUAUAAUUUUUUGUGACACUCAGAUAUCACAGAUAUGGAAUAAUAUUGAUACCCCAUCUGAUUGUCUGGUUCAGGUUUUUUUUUUUUUUUUUAAUGCAGAAAAGUUGCUGUACUAGAACCCAAACCAUAGAAAUUUAUUCUUUCCACUGUGAAGAGACUCAUUAUGGAUGUCAUGAUGUACCAAAUCAGUAUUGAGGGAUGAUUCUUACUCAAGUGAGACUCUUCUGAGACCUUACCAAUAAAUAGUUUAAUUCA